AAAUUCGCUGCGGCGCAGUCGCUUCCAUGGCUUCACUUUUAGGCCAGCCACCUAUGUUCUCUGCGACAAUUCACUCAAUAUGUAAUCUUAACAGCCUAGGGGUCGACGUCACUUAGUAUGCAGGAUUCGUGACGAUGGCUUCAGAAAUUAAUAUAAAAUGUCUUCGAUCUGCUCCCUAUUGUCUCUCUUCUUGGCAGGACAGCAGGACAGUACGGCAGCACAUCAGACUCAAUUCGGCAUCUGAGUCUUUUACCUAGCAAACACUCUUCCAAGAUGCGGUUUUCCAAAUCUUUGGCCCUUCUAGCGGCUCAAAGCAGCGUUACUGUUGCCCAAACCAACAGCACCAACAGCACGACCGUGCCUUACCUGCCUCUCAGCGCAGACGACCACUUCUCGUUUAUUCUCUACGAAGCGCUCUCCUUAGCCAACGGCGGGGGUUCUUCAACAGGCGAAGUGAUGCGCGCCACCGCCAAGAUCGUCGCCGGGGACACAGAGAGUUUCUACAACGAGUUUAAGUUCCUAGGCGACUCCGUGCACGACAUCGCGGAGUCCAUCAACGCGACCAAGUUCCCGGUAUCAGCCCGCGAGGCAUACUUCCGCGCUUCUUCCUACUACAGAUUGUCCGUCUUCUACAUGACCGCCAACCAAUCGGAUCCCAGGCUCUACAGCGUAUGGGACUCUGCCCUUGCAGACUUCGACAAAGCGAUUUCUCUGACGGAAGUGCGGGGCGAGCGGAUGACUAUCAAGGGACCUGGAUUCGAUAUCCCUAUUAUUUACUGGAAAUCGCCCAAGGCCGCUGGAUGUGGUCCUGUUCCUACGGUCUUGGUCGGAAGCGGCUAUGACGCGCCCCAAGAGGAUACGUACCACUCAAUUGGCCGCGAAAUCAUCGACCGUGGCUGGAACUUCGUCACCUACGAGGGCCCGGGCCAACCUACUGUCCGCCGCCAGCAAGGCCUCGGCUUCAUCCCGAACUGGUGGGAUGUCGUGACCCCAGUUGUCGACUACCUGGAAACCAGACCCGAAGUCGACAAGAAGCGCAUUGCCCUUGGAGGUCUCUCGUUUGGCGGAAUUCUAGCGCCCCUUGCCGCUACCAGGGAACACCGAUUUGCCGCCGUCCUCGCCAUCGACGGCGUGCAGAACCUCCAAACGACAGCACUGAAGCAGUUCCCACCGGCUCUGGCCCAACUCUACAACAGCGGCAACAAGACCGUGUUCGAUGCUUAUCUCAACAAAGCGCGAGUAAACCCCGAAGCCAACACGAUGUUCAAAUGGUUCAUUGGACAGGGGUUAUGGUCCUUCGCCACCGAGAGCCCGUACGAUUGGUUUACGAGACUGGGGGGCAUCAACCUCGACGGAACUGUCCUGAGCAACAUUACCAGCCCCGUUUUCGUUGGUAAGGGCGAGGAUGAUAAGGUAGCUGGAGGUCAGGAGGAGGUAGUGGCGAAGUUGUUAGGAGACAAGGCUUACCUGUAUGAAUUCAAGACUGCGCUUGGUGCUGGAGAGCAUUGCCAAUUGGGGGCCGAGCAACAGCUGGCGCAGGUUUCUCUGGAUUGGCUUGCUGAGGUGUUCGAGGCAGUAAAAUGAUGGUAAAGCGACGAGAAAUGAUUCAUAACCCAUUUGGAGGUAUUUUAUUCGCAUUUGGGGUUGGUUAGUUUUUAUAGACCGUUUGGAGUUGAAGUAGGUAAUUAUAUAAUGUUAGUACCUAUGUUUUCAUAAUUGGGAAAACCGGGUUAAUAGAAUCAAAUUCCAAUGUUGUUA